UUCGUUAGUUUCAUAAUCCUGAAACCUGAUCGUUUCUUUUAUUCGUGAUAUUGUUACUAAGUAGGCAGAAUCGUAGGUGUUAUUUGGAAAUACAGUAUUUAGCAUUUUACGAUAACUUUGAAUUAGAACGUGACGUUUAUAGCCACGUGUCGUUUCGUCGAAUCUCCCACAUGUUUCCAAAGUGAUUGUUAUAGUCUGAAAAUCUAUCGUUUAUAAGAUAGUCCAAAGAAUUCUAAAUGGGAAUGUAAAAACAGUUUAACACUCGAUAUUAAAGUUCUUGAAAGGAUUUUACAUCGAUGUUCUAUUAUCGGUUCAAAGACUGAUAACCGAGAUGAAAAAUGAGAAGGGGUAGACAUAUAAAUAACAGUAGCGAGACAAGUUGUGACUUCGUUCUUUGCGCACGAUUAAACAAACCGACAGAAUCGCGGAUACGACUAUCCGAGUUCAAGCAGUUCAAACCACUAGAAAGCAGACUUUAACUCCACUAUGCGGAAUCUACUGGCAAAAUUAUUGUGGCUAACUCUGAUUGUUGGAGGAAGAGCAGCUAUAGUUCCACCACCAUGGGCAAACCCUUCCACCAAUCCUUGCGCCGCUCAGCCUCGUGGAUGGCAGCUGCUUUACUGGCCAGCGGAUGGAAAAUGUUACAAAAUAUUUCAGAUCGGGGCACCUUGUCCGCAAACAAUGGAACUGAGCCCAGCAGCUGAAGGAGGAGGUACGGUUGCGGAAUGUAGAUGCCCUCCAGGUACAGCGCAAUCUCCUAGAGAUACGCUAUGUCAUUCGAUAUUCACAAGGGGACCUUGCCCAGUGGGGCAAUAUUUUUCACCUGUUCCAGAAGUUAGCGGUAAACCAAGUUCAAAGCCAAGAUGGGGUGUGUGUCAAGAGUUAGAAUCCUGUCCCGAACAAAGCGAGGUAUAUUGGCCAAGAGAUGGUAAAUGCUAUCCAAAGUUGAGCCGAGGUCCCUGUCCAAGAGGAGAGCUUCUCGUCAUGGGAAAAAAUAAUUUACCCGAAUGUUCGUGCACCUCUGAAGGUGAACUGGGCAGGUAUCAUUGGCCCGGUGAAGGCGGAGGCUGUCACGAACACUACACGAAAGGUCCGUGUACGGAAAUUGGGGAAUUAUUCCUGCCAGGAGGACUGUGCGGCUGCCAUAACGGGCUUCCGCACUAUCACGAAGAGUCAAAUAUGUGUUAUCAAUUAGGUGGACUAGGACCGUGUUCAAACGGCCAUCACUUCAUCGUAACGACAACGGAUCAACAAGAUCAUCCGGAGGAAAUUCGGGCAAAGUGUGUCUGCAAACCAGGUCAUGUUCUCUACAAAAAUGGUUUAUGUUAUAGAAUUCACACAAGAGGACCUUGCGAUAAUGGUGAAAUGUUAUUAAACGAAACAACUUGUAUCCCUGUGCCAUGCAAAAGAGGGAGGCUUUAUUUCCCGCAGGAAAAAACCUGUUACAAAAUUGGUUCCAAGGGACCGUGUCCCAACGGUCAAAUAGUUUUGUACGAUUACAACGUGCGACCCUCUCUAGACGGAAUAAGUUACAACGGGGUUUGUGGAUGUACAAAAGCUUUGAAAGAAUCUGGUAAAUGUUCGGAGGAUGUGGAAGAAAAUUGCAGAAACACACCUGGCAUGGCUGUGAUUAAUAAAACUUGUUACAAAUUGUACACCCGAGGACCUUGCGCUGAGGGUGAAUGGCUAGUUGCUCAACGAACAGCCAAAGCCGAUUUCUGGCAAACAACGGAAGGAGAGGAGAGACCCAGAGCGAGAUGUGAAUGCAGACCUGGAUAUAAACGGGUUACAGACAGCAUCGAAGUUUCUGAAGUUGAGAGUAAUAGUUUAAUUUCACCAGGUGGUUGUCAGCCACCAGCGGUCAGUCUGGCAAGAUUUCUCAAUAAACAAAUCAAAUCAAUUGACUUUUGAAACGAUACUAUACGCUAAUGACUCCUAGAAUUAAGCUAGUCUACAAAAGAUAGUGAAACAUUGAAUGCUUAAUUAAUUUUUACACGUAUAAGUAUGUUAGACACAGAGCUUUAAUAUGGUUGAAUGAAUUGUGAUAAUAGGCAUUGCUAGGUAGCCUAAUAAGCGACAAUCUAGCUAACCAGAAAUAGAAGUAUAUUAAAACGACGAGAGAUGUUUGUUAUAUUAUCUCUGUCGAGAAGAAAAAACAAACAGGAAAGAACUGCAACAAUAUUCUCUAUACUUUCAGAAUUGUCGAGUCUAGUAAUGUCACUAAAUAACCAUGUUAUUUCACGUCAACGUAAUCGGAUAAGGACUCUUAUUUAUUUGAUAACUAACGAGCAUUUUGAACUUUGUAAAUACGUAGUUAUAAGUUUUAAAUAUGCUAUUAAAUAAUUUUUUUUUUUGCAUAGAUAUCGUAUUCCUUAAAAUUGAUAUUUA